AUGGAGCUCGGUACCCAGGAAAACCAGGAAACCUUCCGUCUGACCAACAACCCUACAGCUGCCCAGGCCAGUGGGACAAUGGAAGAAGGGUCUCUCUAUUCCGCUAAUUCAUGCCCUACUGCUGUGGGUGUUACACAUGUGGGUGUUCCUGACCCAAACACCGAUGUAGGUGUAGAAGGCAGGGAAGAUGCAAGUCCCUCCAAGGAGGCAGCUUCUGCUAAUGUCUCAGUCACAGAACCUGUGUCUAUGGAACUAACUCAGUUAGUGAGUGCUCCUUCACACUCCCCUGCACCCUGCAGUUCUAAGACAUCUCUGGCAAGUCCAACCACCCACACUGCAGAUGUCAGUGUUCCUGACCCAACCCCUGAUGUAGGUGGGGUAAGUUGGGCAGGUGCAAGCCUCCUCAAUGAGGCAGUUUCUGUUCAAGGGUCAAUCAGCGAUCCUUUGUCCCAAGACACCAGUCAGUUAGUGAAGUUACUCCUUGAGAAGCAUAGGAAACAAGAGCCUGUUAGGCUGGCAGACAUGCAGAGGGUUAUAAAGUAUGAGGAGAAUUUCCCUGAAAUCUUUAGAAGAGCUUCCGAGCUUCUUGAGCUGGUUUUUGGCCUUAUGCUCAAGGAAGAGGAAUGCAGUGGUCAUUCAUAUGUCCUUAUCAGUAAGCUAAGUCUCUCCUCUGAAUGUUGUCUGUGCUAUAACAGUGAGCAGUCCAAGACAGGUCUUGUGAUGCUACUCCUAACUGUGAUCUUUAUAAAGGGCAACCGUGCCUCUGAGGAGGAGAUGUGGCGAUUCCUGAACUCACUGGGAAUAUAUGCAGGAAUGAGGAACUUAAUUUUUGGGGAGCCUCGGAACCUCAUUACCAGAGAAUUGGUGCAUGAACAGUACCUCAAAUACUCUCAGGUGCCUAAUACUGACCCUCCAACUUAUGAAUUCCUGUGGGGUCCCAGAGCCUAUGCUGAAACUACCAAGAUGAAAGUCUUGGAAUUUUUGGCCAAGCUCAAUGAUACUGUACCUCGUUGCUUUCCUCAUCUAUAUGCCGAGGCGGUAAAAGAUGAACAAGAGAGAGCAAGACUGCAAGCUGAAGACAGGAGUGUAAUUAUUGCUAGCUCCAGUGUAGAUCCUAAAAUCACGCCCCUUAGUUCCUAA